GUUUUCUCUCGUCCACAUCGCGGCGUCCAAGACAAGCGAAGGUUGGCACCCAGCCGGCGCUAUGCCCGCAAAUUCUGACAUUUACGGCCCCGUCGACACAAAAAAAAGGUCGACUGUCAUGAUUCCCCCCCGCGCUCUACUCGAGUUACCGCGCGGCGGGUGAAAGGGGGAGACACAUGCGUGGAGGCAGUCGCCUUUGUUGCCAUUUUCCGUUCUUUGCCGGACCUCGUCGGACGGGACAGCCGAGCGUCGAGUGAGGUUCCGGACCCAUACUGCCGCCGCCGCCGUCCUCCUCCUCCCCCACCCCGGAGAGAUGCUACCCCGCAUGCGGGGAGCCCUGCGGCCCGUCCUCCACCUGAGACCCGGGAGGUGGCCGCUCGGCGUCGGUGCCUCGGUGUCCGUCCCGGGUGUGUCGGCCGCAGAGUUUCGGCCCUCCGCGCUGUUUCAGCGGCGUCACCUCGGGACACACCCGCUGAAGGAGCCCGUGGAGCCCCUCAACUCGCCACGCGGAGCCAAGGAGUUUAUUUACGGCCUCCAUCCGUCCGAGCGCACCUGCCUGCUGCGGGAACUCCACCGCUUCGAGUCCAUCGCCAUCGCUCAAGGGCAGCUUGACAUUGCGCCACCCACUGCAGCACAGUUAAGAUAUGUUCUCCUGCAUAACGCACUCCCGUUUGUUGGAUUUGGAUUUCUGGACAACUGUAUCAUGAUUGUCGCCGGUACACAGAUCGAGUUGUCCAUCGGCGUGAUCCUCGGCAUUUCUACCAUGGCAGCUGCUGCUCUCGGCAACUUGGUGUCUGAUCUGGCAGGACUCGGGCUGGCAGGUUACGUGGAGGCUUUGGCAUCUCGACUGGGGAUGCAGAUUCCCGACCUGAGUCCGAAGCAGGCCGACAUGUGGCAGACUCGAGUCAGCUCCCACUCGGGCAAAGCCAUCGGCGUGGGCAUCGGCUGCAUCCUGGGCAUGUUCCCUCUCCUCUUCUUCAACGAUGACGACGACGACAAGAAAGAGGCCAAGAAGGACGCCAAAAAGGAGACGAAGCAAACGGCCGCCGCCGCGCAACACGACAAGUGAACUGAAGUAAACCUACGCUGUGGACCGAUGGACCAAAAAAAAAAAAAAAAAGGAAAAAAAUGACACGAAACUAAGGAUCUUAUUGAAAAGUUUGACGAAAGUGAAGGACUCAGAUGUCUGCUGCAGAGAUCUCAUCGUCACGUUAUUAUCAUCCUCAUCAUCAUCUUCACGGCGUCCUUGUUCUGUCCCCGUCGCCACGUUGGAGGCGGCUUCACUCCAUCAAAUGCUGACGCGACACCCGAAAGCCGAGCCUGGUUGCCGACUCCUCGCGGGACGAGCGGCACGCAGAGCAAAACGAAAAAUACGGUCACCCGCCACAACUCUGAAACGACCAAUCAGCUGCUAAGCCGGAGAGCGACGACGUAACACUGACAAACAUUCGGCUUGCGUGUACAGAGGAGUGAUUAAUAUGAAUUUGAAUUUUGACUAACGAGACUUUAAUUUAAAAUCAUGCUUUAUGAUUUAGCAUCUUGGAAAUAUGUUCAAGACCUCAAUUAUUUGAAGUAUUUAACUUUUCUUUUUCUUUGUUUAAGAUGUUGAUGACACAGUGCGGGCAUGUAUUCCUUCAUUUUACUAAACCAAAGCCCAUUUUUGACGCUCGGGGUGAAAAACAAUAACACAAAAAGUAUACACAAUAUAGAGCUCAAUUUUCACGGCGCCAUAUUGCAGGUCAAACAGAAGUGCUCGACAUUGAACCGGAGGAGAAUAUUUACAAUCCCCGAGACCUGUUGUGCUGUCGGUUGUCACAACAGACGAGACAGAUAUUCAUAGAGAUACCAGCUGAAAAUACCAGAAAAUAUUGAUUAAACGUGAUGGAUGGUGCCCAACCAAAAUACACACACGCCUGUGUAGCCAUCGCUUCAUUUCAGGUAGGAAUUAUUCUUCACAAUCUCAAAUUACCAAAAAGUAUUUAUAAUUAUAUAAGUGUUCAAAAAAAGAUUGUUUACGGAGGUUAAGUGUGACCGCAAUCGCUUCCGUGUACAUUCCACGGAGACGACUCUGUCCUCUCUUUUUUGUUUUGUUUCCAAUCAUGGUUAAUGAAUGCGAGUUUGUGUAAAACCAGGGGUCAUUUCUUGAAAUAUUUGUAUUGAAUACUCGCUGAAAAGAUGGAUGGAUUCCGGCAAAGGUUAACGUGUGGCCGAACACGCUUCUGCGUUCAUGAGCUGUCAAAACCGUCGCUGUACGGGAUUUAUUUCUGAUUGAGAACAGAUCCAGCAAUGAAGUAUUUGUAUGCGUCCAGACUUUUCCACACUUUCAAACUUUUCCGUGUAAAUCUCGACGACUUACUCAGCAGAUCCAUGUGUAGAUCCAGUUGUUCCAGAUAAGCCGAAGCAAAUUCACAGUCCAAUUUCUUAUCGGUGAAAACAUCGACUUCGGCAUUAAAUACGGGUCCUCUAUGCUGAGUUUAUCUCAUUUUUCCACGUGCCGUCGUUUAUUUUCACCUUCGAAAUGCUUAACGGUAUGGGACAAAACUCUGGGCGUCGUGCGACAAGACAUAUUUCCGUGUCAUUCUCUAACCGAUUGAGCAUUGAGCAUUGCUUAGCUUGACGGGCAAUAUGGCGAUGUAAACAAAAGUCACACGAUUUGAUCACGUAGGUGCACGAGCUCUAUACUGAAAUAUUCACAAAACUUUAUUUUACAAUCUGCCGUCGAGUUGAAGCGCAUUUUAAUUGUUUUUCUUGACGGUAUAUGUUGCUGGCAUAGAUAGAUAACUUACUUUUUUUUGUUGCUGUAAAUAAUUUCUUUUCACGACCAAUGAAAUGAAAGUGGAUGAUUUCCCACAAUGCACCUGAGCUCGCCUUGCUUGGGAAUGAGAAGCGCAUCCUCCAUUGUUUCUCUGCUGCACUCUACUGGUUAUGAGUUUUAUGACCACAUUAUUAGAAACACUCACAACCCUCUCAGGAGAGCCAAUCCGAGAGCUGCAUCAACAAUUAUUCCUUUAUAAUCCUCACAUUUGGAUGAAAUAAUAUUAGUUUAUUACUGUGGAAAUAUAAACCAACAUCCUAAUGAAAAUGUUUCAAACUUUCCUUUUGUGCAGCGCAAUAAAUUUUAGAAAUAUUUGUCAGUCACGUGAUUAUUUUAAUUAUUGUUAACAGAUUACCCGUCUUUAAAAAAAAAGCAAUUGUGGAGUCUUAAAAUUGAUUUAUUGUAUAAUAGUUGAUUAUUUUUUCGUUGUUGUUUCCAUCGUUUCUCAGAGUGGGAGACUGAUGUGAGCUCUGUAGAUUUUCUCCCCCUCCAUUCUACAUAAAUAUCUUUAGUUUGUAGCUGCUUUGCUUUACACUUUGUUUACUGCUCAUAGCUCUUCUCUGUCCAUAAAAAAAUGUAUUUGUUGAAGGUUGUUUAUUUGGUAACACUCCAAAAGAAAAGGUUUGUUUUACCUUUUGUUCGUGAUUGUUUGUUUGAGCUCCACAAAGCGCAAGCAUGCACUUGGAUGCUCCAAUCCUGGUUUGUUCUUUCAAGUUGAUUAAAGAUGCUCUCAGAUGAAGUUACAGCUAGACAAAAAGGUGCAAUUUGGGGCUUUAUUAGUUUUAUGAAUAUGACAUUUUGACUGCUAGAACGUAAAGAUUAAUAAAGCACACAGUGACUUGCAUGGAAAUGAUAGUCAUGUUCAGUCGCAUCCAUUUUUACUCUUAUGCUGUAUUUAAUUUUCUUUGCUGCACUUGAUGUCAUCUUAUUUGUAAUGAAACAACUAACAUGACGUAGGGAGCACUAUGAAAUAGGAAUUACGAUGCGUACACGACUAAUACAUUAAAUUCUCUGUUUAUUUUGUUUUGUAAUUCUUGUCGACACGGUUGGUUGUCACGACGACUGUUAUUUUGCGGGAGGAAAUGAAAUGCAUGUACCGGAUUGUAUUAAUUGAAUUUUGAGAAGUGGUCGCAAGCGGCGAACUAAUGCUAGCAUGGGUGUUAAGGAUUUGUUUUUCAUUUUGUUCUGCUUUUAUUAAAGUUUUAA